CACUCCGCGCUGCCGAAACCUUUUCCCACCCCGCCAGUAAGGACGCAGAUUUCGGGACGUGCAAGAACUCAGCUGCGCAGACUUUUUAAUGAGGAGGAACGCACGCGAAGAGUGAUUAGUCGCUGGAGAAAUACCAACAUUUUCUUAACAGUCUGCAAGUCCGCGUUUAUCUCACCAGACGGCUCAGCCAUGGGCGUGAAGAUGCUGCAGUGCUUCCCUUUCUACAGGCGCUGCAAGGAGCGCUGCAAGAGCAGGCAGUGUCCCCCGGCGGCAGUCCCCAUAGAGGACAUGAAGCCACGUCUGUCCUCCACGACGUCCUGGGGCAGCGACAGCGAAGGAGCCGGAAGCCUCAGCCGGGGCUCACAGAUCUACUUCUCCACCAAGGCCAGGCUGUCGUUCAGGCACCAGCUGGACAGCAACAUCAACGCAGUGGACGCCACCUACUGAGGCGUCCGAGCCUUGCAAAUGGACCUGUGUCGCAGAGGCCGAUAGUUGAGCAAACGCAUCUAACCUUUAGAUGAGAUCAACAAUAGCAGAGCAACUUUUUUUUUUUUUCCUUUAAACUGCCUGCGCAGAACUCUCAGUGUUUAAUCUGCUCCAACGAGGACCGGGACAGGAGGGGAACCAGCUGAAACAGACUUGGGUUUGCAGUUUUCACAAGACCACUCGGACCGGACAGUCCGAACCGACACCGACGAGAGAGAGAACAUAGAGAGAUGUUUACAAGCAUUCACUACCAAUAAGUGCAUUAUCUUUUUUUUUUUUGAAAACUUUUUUCUACCAUAUUUCCUUUUUUUAAACUUUUUUUUUAAACAGCUUUUAGUUUGCUGAUUAGAACGUGGCUGUUUCAGGAGGCAAAAAGAGGCCGUUAGCCUUCAGCGUGAUGAUGAACAUCUAAUCAAGGCGAUUUUAAUUCCACCAUUGGGUCCCUGAAGCACUAAGUCACGCAUGCCGAGGACAAUAUAGUAAAGAAUUAGCCCUUUUAUAAAGAUGCUAAUCCUAGCGUAUAAAUGCACGACCGCUGUGAUGGAACCGUGUUGAAUAUUUGCAGACCAGGUUUGAGGACGUUAAGCAGAUUUUCUACUCUAGUUUGCCCCUUUUUGUAAAAGAAGCUCCUCAGACAUUGUAUUUCUGUCAGCUAUUUUGUUAGCCAUGCUUUUAAUGUUUUUAUAAUUUAAAAAAAAAAAAAAAUCCUGUUUGUGUUAUUAAAAUCCCUUUUAACUGCA